AUCUUUGUCUAUGGCAUUAUGGUAGGGUUUCAUCGUUUCAUUGGUUUCAUUGACCGAUCGUCUUGUAAAGAUUGUUUUGUUAUGUGGUUUAGUUCUGUAUUUAGUGUGAAAUUCUACUAUUUAGCAUAAUGGUUACUGAUUUAAUGUUCAAAGACAUUCCCGCUGAUAAAUGCCUUACCUCUAACGUUUGUGAUGUUUAAGCAAUAGUAGUGAUAUUUUCCCACAUAAUUAUGGUUAACUGACGUUGGACUGUGCAUCCUCAAUUAUGGCAGACCCAGGUUAUUACCACAGUGAUUAUAUUCGCCACCCUGUUCUACAUGAACUCGGUGUCAAGUAUGGAAUCAAGACUGAGUGUAUUCCAGAAAUAGCUUUGCCGUCUAAGCUGGAGGAGCUCAAGGAUGUAAUACGCAGAGAAAUACGCAAGGAGCUCAAAAUAAAGGAGGGUGCUGAGAAAUUGCGCGAAGUUGCGACGGACCGAAGAUCUCUUUCUGAUGUCGCAAAUCAAAUCAAGAAAGCUAACAUCAAACUCAAUCAACUCAAGUCAGACCUUCAAGAACUUGAAUCGCAGCUAAUUUUGUCUCGGGGACAAUCCACUCCGACCUCACCAGAAGACCUCUCCUAUGAUGAGGAGAUCAUCCUUGCUUCUGAAGCAGCUCAACAACAAAGGCAGCUUGGUGAAGGAACUACCGACAGAAAGUUAGCUUCCCUCGAAAAACAGCUAAAUAUUGAGCUGAAAGUGAAACAAGGUGCUGAAAAUAUGAUUCAAAGCAUCAGUAGCAGUAACCAAUCUAGAGAUAAGAAACUGUUAGCAGAGGCUCACCAAAUGCUUGCUGACUCUAAAGAUAAAAUAGAAUAUUUAAAACUUCGUAUUUCGAAAUUAAGUAAGCAGCAGAAAGGUGAUAUAGCUGGUGCAAACGGGGAUGGCAGAAACACUGAUGGGAGUGGCAUUGAUGCACUGCUAGAUGAAAGAAUUGCAGAACUAAGAAACAGACUUCGAAUCGAAGCAGCAGUUGUGGAAGGUUCUAAAAAUGCCAUAAGACUCUUACAAAGUGACAAAAAAGUUACUGACAAGAAAGCAUUGCAGGAAGCUCAAACGAGUUUACUUGAAUCAACCCAGAAGCUUGAUUUGCUUCGUAAAUCUUUGGACAUGCGUCGCCAAGAGCUCCCUUCGGAAAGUGCAGCAUUUGCGGAACUUGGACAUGAGCUGAGGAGUACAGGUUCCAGCCCAGGUUAUGUCAGUCUGUCUGGCAGCAGUGGUUCCAGAGCUCAGUUCCUAUCGCCGGCUCCUAUGAUCAGCCCUUGUGUGCAAGUAACAGGAACCUUAGAGGUGCGGCUAAUGGGCUGCCAGGACCUGCUUGAAGAUGUGCCAGGUCGUAGCCGACGGGACCCCCUGGCCAGUCCCUCGGACUUGAAGUCUUUUGUGAAAGGUGUAACUAUUCGGAACUCAAUGAAAUACACAUACAGCAUCAAAGAAGACACAAGCAAUGAAAUAAUGGCUGUCAUGAAGCUUGACAACCACACAGUGGCUCAGACCAGCUGGAGGCCAUGCUCUCAGCAAGCAUGGGACCAAAGAUUCACCAUUAAACUAGAUAAAUCAAGAGAACUGGAAAUUGGAGUUCAUUGGAAGGACUGGCGUGGGCUUUGUGCUGUCAAGUUCUUAAGAUUAGAAGAAUUCAUUGAUGACAUCAGGCAUGGCAUGGCUCUAGAACUUGAACCCCAAGGUCUCUUAUUUGCAGAAAUCAAAUUUUUGAACCCCAUCAUCUCAAGAAAGCCUAAACUUCAACGCCAGAGAAAGAUAUUCAAACAACAAGGGAAAAAUAUUCCAAGACCUUAUGGAGAAAUGCCUAUACCUGCUGUGGUGCUGGGCAGACUUCUUAAGCGUUCUUCACCAUCAAUACAAAAUAUUCAAACUGCUCACAUUGCCAAUCAACACUUUGAUGCUACUGGUUUAGAUAACAGAGAUGUUGAAAAUCCAAAUGCCACACUUGGAGGCAUGGCUGGUGUCAGACCGCUAGGGCUGCCAACAACGCCCACUACACCACCGAUACCGGUCACUCCGCCGCCAAAACCAACUCUACCAAUGCAGCCUCCUCCCAAUGUAUCCACUCUUCGAAUGGAAAAAGAGCUACAAAAGGCAUUUGCAUUUUUAGAAGAUUCAUACACAAGGGAUAAUUACGUCACAAAAGAACCGCAAACUCCUUGUGAUACUCCCUUAGUGGAAUAUCCACCUUCACCGUCCCCAAAACUUGUUUUAGAAUAUCCCAGUAAUGAGGAUCAGAUUGUUGAAGUAACCAGAGAAAUGAUAAUAUCAUCUUCUAGAUCUUCAUCAUCAGUGAUUGAUACUAUGGGGAAAGAACAUGAUUUGCGACGACAAUCCGGAGAUAUGUCUAUGGACAGUUUUAGAUUUCUAAGUGUUCUGGGUAGAGGUCAUUUUGGAAAAGUAAUUCUUGCUCAAUACAGACCCACUAAUGAAUAUUUUGCUAUAAAAGCUUUAAAAAAGGGCGAUAUAAUCGCCCGAGAUGAGGUUGAUUCUUUGUUAUCAGAGAAGAGAAUAUUUGAGGUAGCUAAUGCAAUAAGACAUCCUUUCUUGGUCAACCUUUUUGCUUGUUUCCAAACAGAUCAACAUGUUUGCUUUGUGAUGGAGUAUGCAGCUGGAGGUGAUCUUAUGAUGCAUAUACAUGCAGAUGUGUUCACAGAACCUAGGGCAGUAUUUUAUGCAGCUUGUGUAGUAUUAGGUCUACAGUAUUUACAUGAAAAUAACAUAAUUUAUAGAGAUUUAAAGUUAGACAACUUGUUACUAGAUACUGAUGGAUACGUUAAAAUUGCCGAUUUUGGUCUGUGCAAAGAAGGAAUGGGUUGGGGAGAUCGUACUGGCACAUUCUGUGGAACCCCUGAAUUCCUUGCACCAGAAGUAUUAACAGAGACAUCAUACACUCGAGCUGUGGACUGGUGGGGACUUGGUGUAUUGAUAUUUGAAAUGUUGGUUGGAGAAUCACCUUUUCCAGGUGAAGACGAAGGAGAAGUAUUUGAUUCCAUUGUUAAUGAUGAAGUUCGUUACCCGAGGACUUUGUCUCUCGAGGCGAUCGCAUUGAUGCGGCGAUUGUUAAGGAAAAAUCCUGAGCGACGUUUAGGAUCGUCUGAACGGGAUGCCGAAGAUGUGAAGAAGCAGGCAUUCUUCCGAAACGUGAAUUGGGAACAGUUGUUACUUAGAAAAGUGAAGCCACCAUUUGUGCCAACGAUAAACAAUCUAGAGGACGUGAGUAACUUCGACAGCGAGUUCACGUCAGAGGCGGCGGUGCUGACGCCGCCAAAGGAGCCCCGCGCGCUCACCGCCACUGACCACAAACUGUUCGAAGACUUCACAUACAUGGCAGAUUGGUGCUAGGCCUAAAUAUGUCGAAUAAAGCAUUAAGUUCUAGAAA